AUGGCUUUAGUCCAACGCUUUGGAAAACCGGACAUCUUUUUAACCAUGACAUGUAACCCAAGUUGGAAAGAAAUCUUAGAUGAGUUGGGUCCACAAGAAGAAGCACAAAAUCGUCCUGAUUUGAUUGCACGUAUCUUUAGAGCAAAAUUAGAAGAACUGAAGGAUGAAUUAUUCAAACGGGAGAUAUUUGGGAAAGUUUCAGCAUAUGUAUAUGUCAUUGAACAUCAGAAAAGAGGACUACCACAUGCACAUUUCUUGAUCAUACUACAAAGAGAUUGGAAAAUCUAUGCUCCAGAAUCUUUUGAUGAAAUUGUAUCAGCAGAAAUAUCUGACAAAGAAAGAAAUUUACAUUUGCACAAGACAGUAAUAAGACAUAUGAUGCAUGGUCCCUGUGGAGUACUAAAUCCGAGCAAUGUAUGUAUGAAAACAAAUGGCAGUUGUAAAAACCACUUUCCAAAAGGCUUUGCAUCUAACACAACUGUUGGAAUCGAUUGUUUCCCACAGUACAGACGUUGUGAUAAUGGAAUAACUGUCAAAGUCAGAGGUAAAAAUUUGGAUAACCGUUGGGUUGUUCCACAUAAUCUAUAUCUCCUCGCAAAAUUUGAUUGUCACUUGAAUGUAGAAAUUUGCUCAACAAUCAAAGCAGUCAAAUACCUUUAUAAGUACAUUUAUAAAGGUCAUGAUCGUGUUGCUUUCAACUUGAUUCCUGGACAAAACAUCCAAGAUAUAGAUGAAAUCCAACAAUUUCAAUCAGCUAGAUGGAUUGCUCCACCAGAAGCCAUGUGGAGAAUAUAUGGGUUUAUUCUUAAUGAAAUGUAUCCAUCAGUUUACAGUUUACAUCUACAUCUUGAAGAUCAACAUCUGGUAGCUUUUCAUGCACAUAACGACCUUAACAAUGUUCUGAGAUAUGAUUUUACGGCAAAAUCAAUGUUGACUGAAUUUUUUUCAACAAAUCAAGCUAAUGAUAAUGCACGAAGACUACUGUACAAAGAAUUUCCUGAAGCUUUUGUUUGGAAUCAACAACACAAAAUAUGGACUCCAAGAAAGAAGAAAACUGUUAUAGGCCGCAUUGUUACAGCAAGUCCAUUCGAAGGUGAAAGGUAUUACUUACGGAUAUUGUUAAAUCAUAUAAGAGGCCAUUUAUCAUUUGACCACAUCAAAACAGUUGGCAAUGUCACUGCACCAACCUUUCGUGAAGCAGCUACAUUACAUGGUUUGUUACAAAGAGAUACCAGUUUGCAAGAUUGUAUGCAAGAGGCUUCCUUAUACCAAAUACCACACAGUUUAAGACGGUUAUUUGCAACAAUUUUAAUAUAUUGUAACCCAACAAAUCCUAGAGAACUUUGGGAAUACUUUGAACAAGAUAUGUCAAGCGAUUUCCAAACAAGUGUUGCAACAUCAGCAGAUAUUAGGACAAAAGUCUUACGAAGCAUCUCUUCUACACUUGAAUCGAUGGGAAAAGACAUAAACAUAUUCCAUUUAAUAGAACAUGAUGUUUCUUUUGAUCAGAAUGAAACUGAAUCUAGGGAAAUAAAUGAUGAAUUUGCAGUUUUGAUACCAGAAGAAGAUCUUAUGGCUUCGAUGAGUCUUAAUCCUGAACAACAACAUGCAUAUGAAUCAAUUUUACAGAAAGUCCUUCUAAAUGAAUCUGCUGCAUUCUUCAUUGAUGGUCCUGGUGGAACAGGGAAAACAUUCUUAUAUAAAGCACUUCUCGCUACAGUGAGAUCAAGAAACUUAAUUGCUCUUGCAACUGCAUCGUCUGGUAUUGCUGCAUCUAUUUUACCUGGGGGUCGAACAGCACAUUCACGCUUCAAAAUUCCAUUAGAUCUUGACAAAAAUAGUACUUGUUGUGUAAGCAAACAAGGUGCUCUUGCCAAAUUGUUACGUCUUGCAAAGUUAAUCAUAUGGGAUGAAGCACCUAUGUCUAGAAAAGAAUGUAUGCAAGCAUUGGAUAAAAUGUUACGAGACAUAACUGAUUCAAGAUUACCAUUUGGUAGAAAAAUUAUCGUAUUCGGUGGAGAUUUUCGUCAAGUCUUACCAGUGAUUCGUAAAGGCACAAGACAAGAAGAAGUUAAUGCCAGUUUAGCAUCGUCAUAUUUGUGGUCCACUUUAACUAAGAUUAGUUUGAGUGAAAAUAUGCAAGCAAGAUUCGAUCCAAACUUCUCAAAUUAUUUACUUCAGGUCGGAAAUGGAACAACACCAAUCACAAUUGAGAAUAAGAUCAAAAUUCUCAGUGAAAUGCUCAUUCCUUACAAAAAUGAUGUGGAGUCUUUAGAUGAUCUGAUCGAUGCAGUCUUCCAGGAUAUUGGCAGUUAUUCAGAAAAUUUAUCCGAAAUGACAAAUCGAGCUAUAUUGACACCAAAUAACAACUCCGUCGAUGAGAUAAAUACAAUACUUAUUCAAAGAUUUCCUGGUACAGUUACACAAUACUAUAGCUUCGAUGAAACGAUUGAUACAUCAGAACAAGGCAUCAUGGAGGAUUUCUUAAACACAUUAACACCAAAUGGACUUCCACCCCAUGAAUUAUUACUAAAAAAAAAUUGUCCUAUCAUGUUACUCAGAAAUGUCAAUCCUUCAGAAGGUUUAUGCAAUGGAACACGUCUUAUUUGUCACAACUUUGAACGAAAUAUCAUUGAUGCUGAAAUUGCAGUUGGUCACCACACCGGAAAAAGAGUUUUCAUACAAAGGAUUCCUUUCUUGCCAAAUGCAGACGAUAAUAGUGGCUUCAACAUGCGGACUGUCUAUACAUCAAUCAAAAACAUUACUCCAAGUACAAGAAAUUGGAGCAUCAAGAUGAUUGUGUCAGACAAAUCACCCAAACGUACUGCACAACAUUCACCAACAAAAUAUCAAAAUCUGACAUUGAUAGACCCUGAGGGCAACCGACUACAAGCAACAAUUUUCGGCAAAGAUAUAGACCUACGUAAUGACAUGUUACACAUAUUCCGGUCUUAUUACAUCAGUAAUGCUUAUGUUAAGCCUUUAGAUCCCAAGCAUAGAAUUGAAGCACAUGAAUACCAGUGGAUCUUAAAUUCAAGAACAAUCAUCGAAAACAUUCCAGAUGACGAAGUGGAAUUACAACCACCAGAAUAUGAUAUUAUCCCAUUCACCAAUCUGCAUGACUACAAAAACACUGGAACUGAAAUAGGUCUUUCUCUUUCAUCUCAACCGACAAGUGUAUUUACCUUAAAUCCUGUCAUCCCUGCUGCAACUCCAUUAUGUCAAUGGACGAUGCUUAAUCAUGCACUGCUUGAAGAAAUCGUCGAAAAAAAUCUACAUCAUACAAUGGCAUCAGCAUCAGCAUCGACAUCAAAUGUUGACAUGAAAGACAUAAUUAAGCUUGAUGAUGUUGCUGGUUUUCUUAAAUCACUACAACCAAUGACGAAAGCAAAAUUUUGGAUUAAAGCAACUAUUUGUGUGGUUGAUCUCCAUCAAAUAUUCUUCUACAUGUCCUGCAUUGGGUGUAAGAAGGGGACUGGAUAUGAACAAAAUGAAAAAUUUCAAUGUUAUCAUUGCAAAUACAUGAGCAAUGCACAACCACGCUGUCGAGCUUACAUCGAAGUUGACGAUGGUAAUGGACGACUUGGGGCUGUCAUGUUCGGUCAAAUUGCAUAA